ACAAGCGGCCAUCACGCAGCCCCGCAGCCCUGUGCCCGACACCUUCUCGGCGAUUGCAAACAUUCCACGUUUGCCCAACUCGGCUUCCUGUUUCCCGUCUUACGACAGCGAGGACUAAUCAGUGCGCUCGCCCCCUUCAGUGGUCAUUGUCGUCUCUGCCGCCAUCACGAUGACAGAUUUGUAUGAAAACUUCGGAUUCCACCAGAAGCCCGAGGGAAAGUACAGCGCCGCCGCAGCUCACUGUGAUGCCUCCGACCCGCACAGCGACUACAGAAGUGACCCGAGGGACAGGACCGAGGACAGGAGCGAGCGGUUGGCUGUGACGGCGACAAGGAGACAAGAACGAGGCUGUGCAGGUUCCUGCCCGAAGACAACUCUGCUGCUCUACGUGCUGACGUCACUCAGCAUCCUCCUGUGGGCCAUCCUGCUUGCCAUCUUCUGUAUCCAAGAUUCCUAUAACUCAUCCGCCAUGGCCCUGAUGAAGGAGGACAUCGCAGAACUGAAGUCAGCGGAUGCCCAGGCUGCCCUGAAUAUCAGCACAAUGAUAAACAGGAUUUCUUCAGAGAAAAGAGCAAACUCGCUGAGCUUCAGCCAAAUCAACGAGAAAGUCGAGGCACUGAAAGCAGCAGCCUCCAGACGGGUGUACUUCUUCACCCUGUACACGGGCACCCUGACUGGGAAGGUGGACCCCAUCAAGUUCAACGAGGUGUUCCUAAACAUCGGUAACGCUUACAGCAGCAGCUCCGGCAGGUUCACGUGUGCCUACUCCGGAGUCCAUCACUUCUUCUUCUCUGCCAACAGCCAGCAAAAGGUGCCAACUGAGCUCUGCCUGAUGGUCAACUCCUGGUGCAAAGUGACGAGUAAAGCAGACCCAGACAAAAAUGUCACGGGUAACAUGGGCAUGGCGCUGCUGGAACUCCAAAAAGGGAACACCGUGUGGGUGAGCCAGGUGACGGGGGGCAGCUGGGCCAAUGUCACCUUUGGGGGUAUGCUGCUGUGAAGGCACAGAUGGGACUGAGGCUUAAAAGAGCCUUGUGGCACCAGGAGAGUGCCAAGGUGGUGGGUGAUGUCAGACUGCCCUGGAGCACCCCGUCUCUUGCUGUUCUCACUUCUUUCACACCACAGGGAAGCCAGGCUUGUCGCCUUGGUGCCAGUUCCUUUGGCAUACAGGACAGUGCCACCCACCCUGGGGAAAGUGCUGGCAAGGAGCAGAGGUCAAGCUUGCCCAGACAUGGUGCCCACCUUCCUCACUGAUUGGCACCCCCACCCUGUGGACCAUCACACAAUGCCCGCCUA